AUGGAGCCGCCGUCCGAUCAACUUUCUCUCCAGGGGCCACCGGGCAAACGUCGCCGCGAUGUAUGUCGCACGCGAAAGUCCAGGUGUGAUGGCAUCCGGCCCCAGUGUGGCAUGUGCAAAGACCUGGGGUUCGAAUGUGUCUAUACCCCGCCAGUCACCGCCACAAAUGUGAUUGUGCAAAAAGACUACCUCAAAGAUCUGGAGUCCCGGGUGAAGUCGCUCGAGAAAAACCUCACCACCAUGCGAUCGGACCUGUCGGGACUAGCGGCGCAAAUGACCAGCAGAAGCCCGCCAAGCGAAGGUCAACUAGAGCCCUGCCAUGAGCCCCUGGCCGACCUGGCAGGGCCUGAGGACCCCAUUGAUGCCAUGGGCGCGGUAACCUUCGCGGAUGAGGAGGACUGCGGGUAUUUCGGCCCAUCCUCGAACAUCGCCUUUCUGCGGCACCUGUCCCGCGCAGUGUCGCACCGCGAAAGCAGCCAAAAUCAAAUCAACACGCCCCGGAUCGAUCAAAUUGCCUAUGAUGGCGGCUUCGUCAGCGCCACCCGGCCGCCAUCGCCGUUGUCGGGCUUCACGCCCACGGCUGGGCGGCCCGGGCUCGUGACGAAUCCCACCUUGCCCUCGUCCGAGGAGACAUUACGGCUGAUUCGCCAGUAUUUUUACGAUACGGGAUUGCUGUUCCCGUACAUUCACCCCCCGACCUUUCUUGAGACAUAUGAUGAAUUCAAGAACAAUGCCAAGAAAGUCCGCCGAACCUGGUUGGGCUUGCUGAGCAUCAUGCUGGCCAUGGCCAAGGUAACCGCCGUGUCCGGCCAUGCCCCGGCGGAAACGCGGAUCAAAGAAUCCACCGUCUACUAUCGGCAGGCAUUGAACCUGUGCCGGGGCGAAAUGCCGCGAGGGACGACCCUGGAAGUCGUACAGUAUCUCCUGCUCAUGGGCCAGUAUCUCCAGGGGACGCAGAAAUCCGUCCAGGCGUGGACCGUGCACGGACUCGCCGUCAAGGCCGCGCUGCAGCUCGGGCUAUAUUCGAAAGAUGCCUCCCAGGCGUUCUCCCCUCUUGAGCGCGAGAUACGAAAAAGAACAUGGUUUGGCUGUGUGGUAUUGGAUCGAACCUUAAGCAUGACCUUCGGACGACCGCCCGCGAUCCCCGACAGUUAUGUUCAGCUGGACCUCCCCGUCAUCGAUAGUAUUGGCCAGGGCGAACCGUUCGUCGAUGACAAGACCAUCCGUCACAGCAUCCAGUUCUUUAAUAGCACCAUAACCCUGUACAAGCAGAUGGGCAACGUCAUUGACCAGGUCUACGGCCAAAAUCUGGGCUGUGGCCCUGGCCUGUCGGUUGGUGAGACGGUGGGCCGGGUGCUGUCGAUUGAGAAUCAGUUGUUCUCGUGGGUCAUGGCGCUUCCGGAGAGCCUUCAUCAAUUAACGCUGCAGGGGCUGCGCGAGGAAAUCAAGCAGUCGGAGAACCAGCCGCGGCCGUUCUCCCUGAAGUCCCGGGUUAUCCUCACCCUGCGAUAUCUCCACACCCAGAUCCUGCUGCAUCGGCCCAUCCUGGUGAAGUUUCUCGACGCGAGCCUCGCCUCCGGUCUGGAGCCUGGCCAAGAGCGGAUUCUGAAUGAGAUCGGCCACAGUAGCAUGAACAAGUGCGUCGAAUCGGCCAUGAACAUUAUCGACAUAAUCCACGAACUGGUCUCUGCAACAGGGUGGCAGCGCGAUCUUCUAGGGGCGUGGUGGUACUCUUUGUAUUAUACGUUCAACGCGGCACUGGUCAUUAUUGGGGCCACCUGGGUACAGCGCGCAAGGCAGUCGGCCCAAGCUUCCCCCGUGCACCAGCCCGCCAAUAUGCAGCUCUAUCCUGGUCGCGCUGUCGCAACUCUGUACUAUCUUGAGCAGUUAAUCUCUGUCCUGCGUUUACAGCCGGAAGACCCGACUGGUCCUGCCAUGAGCAGCGCCACCCUGGGCUUUAACUUUUCGUCCUUUGGCAUGGAAUGUGGAGAAUUUCUGUUGGAUGACUUGUUUACGAAUAUCACGCACGCACCGGCGUUGAAACGUUGGUAG